CUCUCGCUUUCUCUCUCGCUUUACCUUCCCCAGUCCAGAAGAAACUACACAUCGCUCCGAUUCAUUUACGAUCACUCCCCUCUAAAAGCCGAUCCGUGUUGAGGCGGCGCGGCGUAUCUUUCCCACGGAGGUGUUUUGAACUUUAGUGCCCAAAUAUCUCCCGCCUUAAACACUUAACUCGCCGAAAAACCCCCCUCAAUGAGCGACUACUAUCAGCAGUAUAUCCCCUCGAUGGCGGGGACGGGGGAGUCGCCGAACCCGAAUCCCCAAGAUGCCCAAUAUCCGCCUCAGCAGCCCUCCACGCAUAUGGGGGGCAUCGGCCCACCUCUGCCUACACCAUACCAAAAUCUAGGGUUCUUUGCUGGUUUUUCUAAUCCCAUAAUGUUCCAAGCCCCUAGAACCCAGAACAUUCGAAACCGCAAGAAAUCCACGCCCGGGACGGAUCACGUCAAACAUCGCCGAACACGGUCGGGAUGUUAUACCUGCCGAAGUAGACGAGUCAAAUGCGACGAAACCCAUCCUAUCUGUGAACGCUGCCGUAAGGGCAAGAGAGACUGUGUUUACCCCGAACCCUCUUCCGCAAAGGGGCAAGCAGCCGGGCCAAGCUCAUCGAAGGACUCGGCGUCAUUAACUCAAGAGCCAAGCCCAAGCUCUUCGCAGGAUGAUUUAGACGACGAAGUGGAUGGGAACAUCAAACUUGAACCCAUUGUUGACGAAGAGGAACCUAAUGAGGUGGCGUCUCCGUCCUCGCACCCCUUGGUGGGAUUGCGGAGAACUAGCACGACUUCGUCCUCAAAUAUCCAGAAGGCCGUAACACGCCACAGCUCCGAGACACCUUCGUUAGAAGGUACCAAAAGCGCCUCACCAGCGGUUUCAACGAGCACGAGUGCUAGCUUUGCGACAUCUUUCCAAAUCCCUGACCCCCCGCUUGAGUCUGGCAUAUCCCGUCCGGACUGGUCCCAUCUGCCGAUCGAUAUACAAUAUCACUUAGCUUACUAUUGUGAACGCGUCGCCCAUUACAACUAUGGAAUGGCGAACGAUCCAGACGACUUCUUCGGCUCGAUCCUGCCUAGUUUGGCUGUGCAAAGGGGAAACGAUGCGCUCUUGAACGCAGUAGUAGGGUUUUCGGCAUACCACCGAACGAUUCAAACCCCCAACGGCGAAAUUCGAGAUUUCCUUCGAUAUUAUAACAGAAGCGUUACACUACUCCUCAGCUACCUACAGAGGCGGGACAACCAGAAUGUUGCGACGCUAUUAACUAUAUUGCAGCUUGCAACCAUGGAGGAGUACCUGGGCGAUUGGGUAAAUCUCAUGGGACACCAAAGGGCCGCGUACGAUAUCUUGACCCGGCUAUUUACGCCAGAGACGAUUUUAAACUCCGCCACAACUCGGAUAAUUUUGACUUGGUACAUUCGAUUCGACGUGUUCGUGGGGAUGAUGGGAGGGUUCGAAACUAACCUUCCGCGAGAGUGGUUCUCGGCAGCGGUGCAAUUCUGCCGGGAUCGUCUGGUGAGGGAGCCGAGCAAUCUAAAAAUGAAGAUUGAGCUCCACGCCUCAGAUCUGCGGUUGAUCUCUAGGGACAUGUCGAUACUGUAUGCUAGAGGCGGCCGAGGCGAGCUGUCGGGCGCCGAUUUCGCCGCAGAGCAUGGCUACAUCACACAUCGGCUGUACGAAUGGAGGGCCAAAUUGGACCCGGCCUUGACCGAUCAGACCUACCUUAUAACUGACUUCAAGCACAGAGCUCCGGUGGCUGAGGACGAUAUAGUCGACCCCUACAAACCCGGUUACCUGUACGAUUUUCCAUUAUUCUCCAUGACGGUUCUGACGGCGGAGUGGCACUCGAUCCUCGUCAUGCAUAAGAGCCAGGAAGCUUUUGCACUACAGCAGAAGCCAUCGGAUGAAUUGAGAGGCUUGGCGUUUGCAAUAUGCGAAAUCUUCGAAACAGUGGAAUUCUUCCCCUCGGCGCCGAGCAGCGCUCUCAUACCGAUCCAGGCUUGUCUCGCUAUAGCCGCACUAUUCCUCCCCCGAGAUACGAGAUACAACAUGUGGUUGAGACGGAAAUAUGCGGUACUAGAAUCUUUAGGGUACGUCUUCCCGCUUACCGUGCGAACUCGGAUGGCAGAGAUAUUUCGCGACCCCUCCUGUAUACAAUGGUGGUUACCAAACGACGAGGGACUAAGCCCUAUAUUACGGAGCGUUCGUGCUUUCGCAGAAGAGCGCAAUGGGAGUCCCGGUUCCCCACAAACGAAGUCUCUCCGAGAGGUCAGUUCUAUCUUUGCGAAGAUGCGUCUCGACCACGAAUACGAAGGGGUGUCUUCCCCCGGUGGAUCUAUCAGCGGCUCUUCUUCAUUUUAAUGCGCGGAAAGAGGCCUCAAGACUGUGUUUUUUGAGGGGGAGGGUAUAGGGCUCGAAUACCGGUCAGUUUUGCGGCGCAAGAUGACACAACCCGGGAGGCUU